AUGCAUUACUGGACACCUCCUCAACAUCAGCACCUCCUCCACAUCAGCACCUCCUCCACAUCAGAACCUCCUCAACAUAAGCCCACCUCCUCCUCCUCCACAUCAGCACCUCCUCCUCAACAUCAGCACCUCCUCCUCCACAUCAGCACCUCCUCCACAUCAGCACCUCCUCCACAUCAGCACCUCCUCCUCCAUAUCAGCACCUCCUCCUCAACAUCAGCACCUCCUCCACAUCAGCACCUCCUCCUCCACAUCAGCACCUCCUCCUCCACAUCAGAACCUCCUCCACAUCAGCACCUCCUCCACAUCAGCACCUCCUCCUCCAUAUCAGCACCUCCUCCUCAACAUCAGCACCUCCUCCACAUCAGCACCUCCUCCUCCACAUCAGAACCUCCUCCACAUCAGCUCCUCCUCCACAUCAGAACCUCCUCCACAUCAGCACCUCCUCCACAUCAGCACCUCCUCCUCCACAUCAGCACCUCCUCCACAUCAGCACCUCCUCCUCCAUAUCAGCACCUCCUCCAUAUCAGCACCUCCUCCUCCACAUCAGAACCUCCUCCACAUCAGCACCUCCUCCUCAACAUCAGCACCUCCUCCUCCACAUCAGCACCUCCUCCACAUCAGCACACCUCCUCCACAUCAGCACCUCCUCCUCCAUAUCAGCACCCCCUCCUCAACAUCAGCACCUCCUCCACAUCAGCACCUCCUCCUCCACAUCAGCACCUCCUCCUCAACAUCAGCACCUCCUCCUCCACAUCAGAACCUCCUCCACAUCAGCACCUCCUCCUCCACAUCAGCACCUCCUCCUCCACAUCAGAACCUCCUCCACAUCAGCACCUCCUCCACAUCAGCACCUCCUCCUCCAUAUCAGCACCUCCUCCACAUCAGCACCUCCUCCUCCACAUCAGCACCUCCUCCUCCACAUCAGCACCUCCUCCACAUCAGCACCUCCUCCUCCAUAUCAGCACCUCCUCCUCAACAUCAGCACCUCCUCCUCCAUAUCAGAACCUCCUCCACAUCAGCACCUCCUCCACAUCAGCACCUCCUCCUCCAUAUCAGCACCUCCUCCACAUCAGCACCUCCUCCUCCACAUCAGCACCUCCUCCACAUCAGCACCUCCUCCUCCACAUCAGAACCUCCUCCACAUCAGCACCUCCUCCACAUCAGCACCUCCUCCUCCAUAUCAGCACCUCCUCCACAUCAGCACCUCCUCCACAUCAGCACCUCCUCCUCCACAUCAGCACCUCCUCCACAUCAGCACCUCCUCCUCCACAUCAGCACCUCCUCCACAUCAGCACCUCCUCCUCCAUAUCAGCACCUCCUCCUCAACAUCAGCACCUCCUCCACAUCAGCACCUCCUCCUCAACAUCAGCACCUCCUCCUCCACAUCAGAACCUCCUCCACAUCAGCACCUCCUCCACAUCAGCACCUCCUCCUCCAUAUCAGCACCUCCUCCACAUCAGCACCUCCUCCUCCAUAUCAGCACCUCCUCCUCCACAUCAGCACCUCCUCCUCAACAUCAGCACCUCCUCCUCCACAUCAGAACCUCCUCCACAUCAGCACCUCCUCCACAUCAGCAUCUCCUCCUCCAUAUCAGCACCUCCUCCACAUCAGCACCUCCUCCUCCACAUCAGCACCUCCUCCACAUCAGCACCUCCUCCUCCACAUCAGCACCUCCUCCUCCACAUCAGAACCUCCUCCACAUCAGCACCUCCUCCUCCAUAUCAGCACCUCCUCCACAUCAGCACCUCCUCCUCCACAUCAGCACCUCCUCCACAUCAGCACCUCCUCCUCCACAUCAGCACCUCCUCCUCCAUAUCAGCACCUCCUCCUCAACAUCAGCACCUCCUCCACAUCAGCACCUCCUCCUCAACAUCAGCACCUCCUCCUCCACAUCAGAACCUCCUCCACAUCAGCACCUCCUCCUCCAUAUCAGCACCUCCUCCACAUCAGCACCUCCUCCUCCAUAUCAGCACCUCCUCCUCCACAUCAGCACCUCCUCCUCAACAUCAGCACCUCCUCCUCCACAUCAGAACCUCCUCCACAUCAGCACCUCCUCCACAUCAGCAUCUCCUCCUCCAUAUCAGCACCUCCUCCACAUCAGCACCUCCUCCUCCAUAUCAGCACCUCCUCCUCAACAUCAGCACCUCCUCCACAUCAGCACCUCCUCCUCCACAUCAGCACCUCCUCCUCAACAUCAGCACCUCCUCCACAUCAGCACCUCCUCCACAUCAGCACCUCCUCCUCAACAUCAGCACCUCCUCCACAUCAGCACACCUCCUCCACAUCAGCACCUCCUCCACAUCAGCACCUCCUCCACAUCAGCACCUCCUCCUCAACAUCAGCACCUCCUCCACAUCAGCACCUCCUCCUCCACAUCAGCACCUCCUCCACAUCAGCACCUCAUCCUCCACAUCAGCACCUCCUCCUCAACAUCAGCACCUCCUCCACAUCAGCACCUCCUCCUCCACAUCAGCACCUCCUCCUCCACAUCAGCACCUCCUCCUCAACAUCAGCACCUCCUCCACAUCAGCACCUCCUCCAUAUCAGCACCUCCUCCUCCACAUCAGCACCUCCUCCUCCACAUCAGCACCUCCUCCUCCACAUCAGCACCUCCUCCACAUCAGCACCUCCUCCUCCAUAUCAGCACCUCCUCCUCCACAUCAGCACCUCCUCAACAUCAGCACCUCCUCCACAUCAGCACCUCCUCCUCCACAUCAGCACCUCCUCCACAUCAGCACCUCAUCCUCCACAUCAGCACCUCCUCCUCCACAUCAGCACCUCCUCCUCCACAUCAGCACCUCCUCCACAUCAGUCCACCUCCUCCUCCACCUCAGCACACCUCCUCCUCCCUUUAGCUCCUGGCGCCUCCUGCUUGCCUCGUCACCACGGGAACGCUCUGCUCCCCAGCCCUGGAACGCUCUUUCAGUCAGUCUGUGA